AUGGGUGGCAUGCGAGCAAUCGAGGAUCGUCCUACGCCCAAGGAGAUCUUUGGGUAUGAUUCGGCUUUUGUUGGUACAACGAUUGCCCGCGCAAGCUUCAAGAAGGACUUUGGUAUCACGAAAGCCACAGCAGCUGGUAUCUCCAGCAAUAUCACAUCUGCCUUCCAAGCAGGAGCUUUCUUCGGCGCUUUGUUCUGUUACUUCCUCACCGAGCGGGUUGGCCGCAAAUGGGCUUUGCAAGUCAAUGUCAUAAUGUUCAUUGUUGGCGCCAUCCUGAUGACCGUAGCGACUCAUCAACUCUCCUUCAUCUACGCUGGACGUGUACUCACUGGCUUAGGCUGUGGUGCAAUCACUGCUACCGUGCCAUCUUAUAUCGCCGAACUCUCGGUCCCCUCCAUUCGUGGUAUCUUGACUGGACUUUUCGAAAUCGCAUAUCAAGUUGGUUCUGUCAUCGGCUUCUGGGUUAACUAUGGCAUCAACAAGAACAUGAACGUCAAGUCUUCACUGAGCUGGAGGAUACCUAUGGCUAUUCAAUUGAUACCUGCCGCAAUCUUGUUGGCUGGGGGCUUCUUUCUGCAUGAGAGUCCUCUGUGGCUCAUGCGUAAGGGCCGUGAGUCAGAGGCGAAAGAAGCCCUCGUCCAGCUACGCCAUCUGCCUGUAGAACAUCAAUAUCUUCAAGAAGACGUUCAGGACAUGCAAGCAAGAUUGAACGAGGAGGCAGCAAUCGCAGCGCGCUAUGGUACUGGCUCAUUCGCUUUCAUCCGCGGUUGCUUCAGCGAGCUUUCUCUUCCAGGUAUGCGCAAUCGUGUCAUUCUGGUCUUCUGUGCCUUCGCUUUGCAAAACCUUUCUGGUGCCUCGGCCAUCAACUACUACUCCCCCACAUUGUUUGGUUCUCUCGGUGUCGAAGACAUUUCGUUAUACACUGGUAUUUAUGGCCUUGUCAAAGCCAUCGCAUCGAUCAUUUACUACAUCUUCUUCAUCGAUAUGCUCGGUCGCCGCAACCCGGUGCUAGUGUCAUCAGUCGCCUGCUCGCUCUGCCUGUGGUUUGUCGGUGCUUACGUCAAGAUAGGUCACCCAGCCACUGAGAUCGCGGCUGGGGUACCAUUAUCUGCAUCUACCGCAGCUGGUGGUCGAGCUGCUAUUGGCAUGAUCAUGAUUUACUCCAUUUUCUGGUCUUUCGGUCUGAACGGUAUUCCUUGGAUUGUCUCAGCUGAGAUCUUCCCUGGUUCUCUCAGAGUUCUUACUGGAACCUAUGCUGCCCUUUGUCAAUGGCUCGUACAAUUUGUCAUGACUAAAGCCUUGCCCUACAUCUUCAGCUCCUUUGGCUAUGGCACUUGGUUCUUCUUUGCAGCCUGGAUGUUGGUCGCGACGAUUUGGACGUUCUUCUUCAUGCCGGAGACUAAAGGCUUGACCGUUGAUCAGAUGGAUGCAUUGUUUGGGUAUCAGUCAUAUGCCAACGCAGACGAUGCCGAGAUUGGAGUAAGCAAUAAACAAGACAUUGAUUCGAUGGGAAAGGAUGGUGCAACAACGAUUGAGCAUGUAGAGAGGAAGUAG